AUGCUGACAAAGAAGAACCGGUACAUACACAGUGACACAAUAGUUGUGGAAGGAAAUUGUAGUGCGGUCAUUCAGCGCAUCCUUCCUCUGAAGCAUAAGGAUCUCGAAAGUGUCACUAUACCGUGUUCUAUUGGUGAGGUUGUUUUGGGUAAAGCUCUCAUAGACUUGGGAGCUAGUAUCAAUUUAAUGCCCACACACAUGACCCUCCAAUUGGCUGAUCGCUCCAUCACAAGACCAUAUGGAGUGAUCGAAGACGUUUUGGUUAGGGUCAAACAUUUGAUCUUCCCAGCUGAUUUCGUAGUGAUAGACAUUGAAGACGAUGUUGACAUUACCCUAAUUCUUGGAAGACCUUUUAUGUCCACCACAAGCUGUGUGGUAGACAUGGGGAAGAGGAAACUACAAAUGGCCAUAGAAGACCAACAAAUCAGUUUCGAUAUGUUUCAUGAAGAGAAAGCUUUCCCUGACCAAAAUGUUUGUUUGAAGGUGAAUAUGAUGGAGGAAAAGAGACUAGAGAAGAAGGUUGUGGAAGUUGGAACCUUGUUGGACCCAGGAUAA